CGCCGUCCCGCCCCCGGGGAGCGCACUACCUCCUCGAGUCGAUGGUGGACUCCUCGAGGCAGGGGAGUGGCGCCGCCGCCCCGAGACCUGGCGCCGAAGGUCGGGUGACCGAGGAGAGGGAGCUGGCGGGGAGGAUGCGGAUCGAGGAUUGCCUGCGCGAGCCGGAGGAGCAUGCGGACGAAUUGGGCGGAGUCGAUCGGCCGAAGCGCAAACGUUGCCCCGUUGCGUCCACCUCGCGGAAGUUCCUCUUUCGCUAUCUCUCGUCUUUCAAGAAGCGUUCGGGCGGCGGGGAGGGCAGCCCGAGAUCGCCUCGGGCGCCGUUGCUAGGGUGCCGGCAUUCGAGGAGGAAGGGAAAGGAGAUGCCGCGGGAGGACGAUGGAGUAGAAAAGUCGGCGUCGUUUGAUUCCAAAGUGGUGGAGGAGGUUGGUGGAGACGCUACCGUUGGAUCGAUGGAGCCUGACCCAGGUAGGAAAUCCGAGAUGUCUUUUAAUCUAGGCAUGGGAGUUGGAAUUGCUUUUGCCCUAUCGAGGUGGGAAACUGAAUUCAACAGAAUGAAAGACCUCCACUUUCAAAUGGAAAUGCUGCUUAGCGAAAUCAGAAGUGAAGUUGCAAAUACUCACGUCGCAUCUGGUGCCCUAAAUCCAGGCCAUGAAUUUGCCUCUUCAUCAGAUUGUAGUGGGGUUGCUGGUAAAUUUAACAAUAUCUCAUUUCAAGAUCAUGGAGCAAAUUUUCAUCUGGAAGAAGUGAAGUCUACUGUGGAGUCGCGGCACUUGAAUGAUCACAUUAGGAGCCAGAGUAUGGAUCAAAUGGAAGCAGAGCUAGCAUUCGAGCUAGAACAGCUGCAGCUCAGCUUGGAUGGAAAUGACUCCAUGACUCUCUCAGAACAAGCAAAACUUGAGAUAGCCUAUGGAAGCUCAAGUUCUUCUGAAAAUGGUGACCCUCAAGAAGAUUACUACAAUGUUCACGGUGGUGGCGUCUCCGCAAGGGAACUAGAGAGAAGAUUAUAUGAAUUAAUAAAUACAAGGCAACAGGAGCGGAUAGCAGAGUUAGAAUCUGCACUAGAAUUGACAACGAAGAGUCUUGGUGACAAAGAAGUUGAAGUUUCUUGGGGUUGGGAUGCAUCAGUCCCCUCAUCGCAACAUCAAGAUAUGCUUUCAGUAAACUUUGAUAAAGUCGCAAAUGAGGCAAACUUCUGAAAGAAGCCCAAGGCAUACUUGUAUCGCUAAACACUGAAGAAUGUCUCGAAAGAUUCGGUGUCAUGUUGUUCAGUUUAUUGUGAUGCAUUCAAAAUGAUAGUCAAUGUUGCAGCUCAGAUUGUGAGCUCCUUUUAUUUCUGUCCUCUCUCCCAUGUUUGUGGGUGCGUUCAUGAGAGCACUGUAGAUAUUACGAUAUGCCCAAAGAUUGUUGUAUAUUAAGACUUGUUGUGCAUGAUUCGAUAUUAAUGCAGAUGUUGGUUGAUCUC